UACACAGUACGCCCGCGAGUUUCUGAUGUUCCUCUUCGGGACCACUCUGUUCUCCGACAGGGGGAACACCGUUGGGCUAUAUCUGCUGGGUGCCCUGGCAGACCUCACACAGGUUAGUCGGUAUGAUUGCGGUGGCACCAGCUUGGCUACCCUUUAUUGUUAUAUGAGCGCGACCUCCCGCGGACGGGAGAACACCGUCGGCGGCUACUGGAGAGCCUGGGAGUUAUGGGUUUUUGCAUAUUUUCCCAUACUAGCGCCAGAGCUGGAGGUGGAGGCGCCCCUUGUGACCCUCUACUCUCUUGUUUUCGAGGGCCAGUACCGGCCGCGGCCUCGGGAGACCCUUCUCUACCUACGGCAGUACUUUGACACGAUGCGGCCGUCAGAGAUUGCCUGGCAGCCCUGGUUACCUUUGGGUGGGGACCUUCGAUUUCAGUUUGCCGGAGGAUGGGGCUCUUCCCGGUAUAGGAUUUUGUUCGAGGGGCCAGUUAGUAGGGCCUGGUUCCUGGGGGAACGCUUCCUUCGUCAGACUAUGGGCUUUCCUGAGUUAAUUGUCUAUAAUAUUUAAUUAACUUGAUAGUUAGUUAAAUUG